AGUGUGCAGAGGCAAGACAUGUUUUCCUCAUGGUGGUGUUUUCACGAUAAGCGCAGAUAGCUAGUAAGUUAGCUAAAUUAGGAGUUAUCAGUUUCUCUACUGCAAGAUUUGAAUGUCGGAUCCGAAUACGUUUCAGCAUUUAUCUACCGAUCAUGCUGACACCUGCGUUUGAGCUCAGCCAGGAGGCGGAUUUCCUCAUUUUAAGCAUCCGGGUUCCCUAUACGAGGACAUCUGAGUUUGACCUCUACAUUGACGGAGAGGAUUUCAAGUUCUACGCCAAGCCGUACUUCCUCAGACUGACCCUACCUGGAAGGAUAGUGGAAGAUGGGAGAGAAAAAGCCUCAUUUGAUGUUGACAAAGGUCUUUUCACUCUACGUGUCCCGAAGGAGACACCAGGCCAGCACUUUGAGGGGCUCCAGAUGUUGACCAGUCUUCUGGCUCCCAAGGGCUCCAGAUCAGCCAAGCCUCUAGUGGAAGACCUGGAAGCUUGCAGUGGGAGCAUGGAAAGGGAAGAGGAGGAGGAUGAGGAUGAGGAUGAGAAUUUUGACUGGCAGGUUGAUCAGCAGGUGUACACAGAGAUCUCAGAAGAAGAGCUGGGCGGUUUGCAGAAAUAUGGCUUUGGGAAUCUGAGGUCAGGAGUGUUCACCAGACUGCAGGAUGAGCUGAGCGAUGUCAUCGAUGUGAAGACACCGGACAAUGCCACGGCAAUGGAGAGGAGGCAGGGCCGGCUCACUGCAGAGAGCGCCAAGUUCGACCCUGAUCAUUACCUCGCUGACUUAUUUGAAGAUGAUGAAGUCCAGAACCUGUUGAAGUUCUGCCCGUGGUGGACCAAGCUGAGCCAAGACGAGGCUGCCACUUUCACGGAGGAGGAGAAGGAACAGAUGAGGAAGUUCACCAACAGAUCCUACCUGCUGGACAGGAGGUCCCGCACCCACGUCUGGCUCAGCUUGUUGGACAUCAUCCUGGCGUACGCGUACGAAGUGCGCGCCACCGAGGGGGAGCACAACGUGGAAUCCUCAUGGAAUAUCAGGAAGCUGAGUGGAACACUCUGCUGGCUAGAGACCUACAGCUCUGUCCAGGAGGUGCUUGUGUCUUUCGGAAGGAGGGUGCUGUGUUACCCGUUGCACAGACACUUCGGCCUCGUCACGGCAGCCAUCAGGGAUGCAGCGCGCAUUUUCCGGGCAGGGAAGGCCUGUGUCCUGAAGUGCCUUUUAGAUAUUCACAAAAUCUUCAGGGAGAAUGACCCUGCCUACAUCCUGAAUGACCUCUACAUUACUGACUACUGUGUGUGGAUCCAGAGGGUCAAGUCAAGGAAAGUGACUGCUCUCGCCGAUCCCCUGCGGAAAGUGUCCCUCCGGAAGGCAGACCUGGGGCUGGAGCUGGAGGAGCUGGAGGCAGCAGCGGCGCUGGUGGAGGAGGAGGAGAACGAGGGGGAGGGUCCAGGGGCAGCCAGGAGCACUCCACAGUCACACAGCGGAGAGGAAUCCGGCAGCAGCAGCAGUGGUGGUGAUUCCUCCGAGGAGAGCGAGGACUCCGGGACAGAGGGGCAGGAAGACCUCGACACGGCCAAGGGAGGAGCCGCGGCCCCUGCCUCCGCUCCGCCACGCCCUCUCAUCUCGGAGGAGCCCCAGGCUCUGGAGGAGGGAGGGAGGGAGCGCGGCGCCGGCCCCACGCAGCAGCUGAUCCAGGAGCUGGGAGAGAGAGUGGAGGCGGGGCUGACGAUCUCCGAGCUGCCCGAGGACAUGCAUUCCAGGAGCAGCGGGGAGAGAGAGGCAGAUGGAGCAGGCGAGAGGGACAGCGCCGUUGCUUCCCAGUCAAACUCGGCACGGACGGGCGCUGUCGCCGCCACCGCCACCACCGCCACCACCGCUGCUCCAAGGACAUUCUUAGAGGUGUGUCCCCGCAGAAACCCGCUGCUCAUCGUAGCAGCGGCUGAAGAUGAUGAAGAUGAUGAUUGGAACUGUUGA